UUCCUCCUGGCGAGUCCAGUGGUCCGGGUUUCCCUGUUAGCAGCCUGCGGGGUCGUUGCCACCGGGUGGGGCGCUCCAGGGACCCUCCUCCUUUCUCUUUCGGAGGUCUCUCCUUUAGGGGGCCACCCCGCCCUAGAGGACCUUCUUCCCAAAGGCGAAUUCCUGGAAACUCAACAUCUUGCAGCUGAGAAGAGUCCAGUGAAAAGUCCCAGUGGAAAGAUGGGUAAGGCAUUCUCCCAGUUCCGCUCUCAGCAGGAUGAAGACAAAUCGAUCCUACAGGCCAACCCAGCCAUUGCCAGCAACACUGCCAACUAUUUGAGCACUGGUAGCCUCAAGCCAUCAUGGUCUGUGCCCUAUGAAAGGGCAGCUGAUGCCAGCUUUGUGACUUGUCCUACCUGCCAAGGCAAUGGGGAAAUCCCCCAAGAGCUGGAGAAGCAGCUGGUAGCCCUCAUUCCUUAUGGGGACCAAAGACUGAAGCCCAGACACACGAAGCUCUCUGUGUUCCUGGCGGUGCUCAUCUGCCUGCUGACUUUCUCCUUCAUCAUCUUUUUCCUGUUUCCCCGGUCCAUUGUCCUGCACCCUGCCGGCCUCAACUUCUCCACAGUGGUCUUUCAUGAUACUGAUGUCCAGCUCAACAUCACGAAUAUGUUGAACAUCUCUAACACCAACUUCUACCCCAUCACUGUGACCCAGAUGACUAUCGAGGUUCUCCACCAGACCCUUGUAGUAGGGCAGGUUUCCCACAGCUUCCUCCUACACAUCGGUCCUUUGGCCAGUAAACAGAUGUCUUACGAAGUUGCCAACACAAUUUGGGAUGAAAACACAUACAAAAUCUGCACCUGGCUGAAAAUCAAAGUCCACCAUGUGCUUUUGCAUAUCCAGGGCACCCUGACCUACUAUUACCUGAGCCGUUCAGAGCAGCAGCCCUUUGAGAGCUAUGAAUAUGUGGACUGCCGGGGAAACAUGUCAGUGCCCCACCUGGAGAUCCCUCACCCAUCCUGACCUGUCUGCUGCUCCUGUACUCAAGGCACCUGCAAGCUGGUCUACAUCUCCCUCAGCUCCAUGGAGCCCAAGGAAGGACUUUGCCAAAGGAAAAGUCUUGCUUUAUUAUGCCAUCCCCCAACACCCUGAGCACAGGGAGAUUCUGAAACAUUAAUGCCAUAGGCGCUAACUCCUCAAAUUUCUACAGGUUGCUUCCAAGGGAUCCUGCUCUUGGUCUGUGUUGAGGAAAGUCUGACUUGACAUUGUCUUGGGGCUGAGCAUGUUGGUUUCCCAGCUGUAUUAGGGCAGGUCUUCAGUUGGAAUGAGAAGAAAGCUGUAGUUUUAUCUGGUCUUUACAACAUGAAAGACCCUUUUCAUGUUCUCCAUCCCACAAUAAAGUGACUUUGGGGGCAUUCAGUGCUGUCUCCAAGGUCUUUUUUAGGAGACCAUA